UACUGACUCCACCUGACAACUCAUGACCUUAGUGAUGUCACAGAUGCUUCCUUUGACUACUGCCUGCCUUUCGCUGAACACACGCUCACUGCAGUGUAUAAAUCAGCCGACUACCUCCGGCGUGAACUCACUAAACUACUCACUGCAGAGUUGCGCUGCAGUGACGUGCCAACGAUGGCCCUGCUGUUGACAACAAACAUUGUCCUUCUCGUGCUCCCUGUGUUCAGAGGUUCACCAGGCUCUGCCUCUGCCCAGGAUCAGUGUGUCUUCCUAGGGGGGAACGUUCCGGAGAGUGUGUAUGGAGAUGGAGACGUAAUAAUAGGGGGUUUAUUCCCUUUUCACUACAGACCUGUGUCUUCUCUACCAACAUUUGAAACCAAACCACCCCCUGUUAAAUUCAAAAAUUUUCUUUCUCGUCCUCUGCGCUGGAUGCAGACGAUGACUUUUGCCAUUGGUGAGGUCAACCGUCGCUCUGACCUCCUGCCACACUUAAAACUAGGCUUUCACAUCCGAGACAGCAGCGACGACAUCCUGGUGGCUUUGAGAGAAUUACUGGUGCUGGUGAACGGGCAGCCGGAGAGCAUGAGUGGAGACAACGCUACAGACAAGUUAGGAUGUGCUGCCGUUAACAGACCUGUUUCCCCCGUGGUCAUCGGAGGUGCGGCGUCUGGGGUAUCGAUGGCUCUGCUCAGAAGUUUAGGUUCUUUCCAUAUUCCACUAGUGAGCUAUUUUGCAUCUUGCAGCUGUUUGAGUAAUAAAAAGGACUUUGGUUCCUUCAUGCGGACAAUGCCAAGUGAUGCCUUUCAGGUCAGAGCCCUGGCCCGGCUGCUCACCCACUUUGGCUGGUCCUGGUUAGGAGUCAUCGGCGUAGAAACGGACUACGCUCUUAUCCAACACUUUCUCCAGGAGUCGGCCAAAGUUGGUGUUUGCACCGCCUAUGCUCAUUUAUACCCCGUAAACCCGAGUGCCCAGGAUCUAGACAAGCUCCUCAAUGCCUCGACUGCAAAGGUUAUCAUCAUUUUUUGCAGUGAAUCAGAUAUGCAACUCAUCCUGCAGGAGAUCCGUCUUCGUAAUUUGACCGACUUGCAGUGGAUUGCUGGAGAAGCCUGGUCCACUGGCACUUCACUGUGGAAAAACAAUGCUGAUCUCCUCAAGGGAACGCUGGGAUUUGCCAUUCAGAGAGCAAAUGUGAUUCCAGGGCUGAAGCAGCAUCUUCUCAACCUGAGCGUUUCCACUGUUCAUAAAUCUGCUCUUUUGACAGAGUUUUGGGAGGAAACAUUUAACUGUUGGCUCAACAAUUCAGUGAAUGGUCGGCCCGAUGGGGUUAAAUACCAAGACAGGCCGCCAUGCACUGGAACAGAGAGUUUGGAAGAUGUUAAUUCCUCCUACACUGAUGUGUCGCAGUUACGGGUUUCUUACAACGUCUACAAGGCAGUUUACUUGGUGGCCCACGCCCUGCAGGACAUGAGUCAGUGUGAAGAUGGAAAAGGUCCUUUUAUCAAUAGAACCUGUUCAGAUCCAAAGAACUUUCAAACCUGGCAGCUUAUUCACUACAUGAGACGUGCUAACUUUUCCCUGAUGGGAGCCAGAGUUUCCUUUGGCGAGAAUGGUGAUCCUGUGGCUUAUUAUGAUCUGAUGAACUGGCACAGGAAUCCAGACGGCUCUCUUAAUCUAGUCAAAGUGGGUUAUUAUGAUGCCUCGCUGCCUGAUGAACGGAGUCUGGUUCUAAACCACUCUCUCAUACAGUGGCCUCAUGGGAAGCAGGCUGUCCGGUCUGUAUGCAGUGAUAGCUGUCCUGCAGGUUUCCGCGUGGCCAGAAAGAAGGGGCUGCCCAUCUGCUGUUACGACUGUGUCCCCUGUGCUGAGGGAGAAGUCAGUAACUCCACUGAUUCACUGGAGUGCAACCGCUGUCCAGUAUUCAUGUGGUCCAAUAAAGCUAGAGACCACUGUGUUCCAAAGACCAUUGAGUUCCUGUCCUUCCAUGAGGUGAUGGGUGCUGUGCUGUGUGGUGUCUCCGUCCUUGGAGCCUGUAUCUCCAUGUCUUUCCUCAUCAUUUUCUUCAGAAACAAGAACACACCAAUAGUUCGAGCCAACAACAUGGAGCUGAGCUUCCUUCUCCUGCUCUUUCUCGCUGUGUGCUUUCUCAUCAGCCUGUUGUUCAUUGGAGAACCUUCAGAUUGGCUCUGUCGUAUCAGGUACCCAGCAUUUGGGAUCAGUUUCGCACUUUGUAUUUCCUGCCUCUUGGCCAAGACGGCAGUGGUCCUCAUGGCUUUCAGGGCCACGCUGCCAGGAAGUAACGUCAUGAAGUGGUUUGGACCCAACCAACAGAGAGCCAGUGUAGUUGUAGGAACAUCCAUCCAGGGACUGAUCUGUCUCAUCUGGCUGGUCACCAACCCACCACAUGCCAACAUCAACAUAGGGUUCCACAGCGCCACCAUCAUCAUGGAGUGUGUCGCCGGUUCAGAAGUUGGAUUCUGGUGUGUCCUUGGAUACAUCGGUGUGUUGGCCUGUGCUUGUCUACUGAUGGCUUUUCUGGCUCGGAAGCUGCCAGAUAACUUCAAUGAAGCCAAGUUCAUCACCUUCAGCAUGUUGAUCUUCUUUGCAGUGUGGAUCACCUUUAUACCUGUUUAUGUCAGCACACCUGGAAAGUUCACAGUGGCCGUUCAUAUUUUUGCCAUAUUAGCUUCAGCAUUUGGACUUCUGUUCUGCAUUUUUGCUCCAAAGUGCUACGUUAUUAUUUUGAGACCGGACAGAAAUAGCAAGAAACACAUGAUGGCACGGUAGAUAUGUAAUGACAAAAAAGAUAUUUUUAUAUCAUGUGUGAUUAGAAUGUUUUUCUCAGAGUGCUGUUAGGCAACUGGACGUGACAUUUUCUCAAGAAGACGAUUCACCUCUCAUCCAAGAGGCUUCUU